UCUAGAACAAAAACCGCGUGGUGAGGCGGUCCGGUACCAGUUACAUCGACGAACUCUGUACCAACGGAGGUCUUCUCAAGGCUUGAGGUCUCGUAACAUUAUUUCGCGAUUUCUCGUCUCGCGGUCACGAGACGAGAGAACAAUCGGGAAAUCACUUCUCGAGACUACCGAACUCUAAGACCGCGACGCUGAGUCCAGGAGUCGAACAACGAAGGUAUCUCUUCGGCAAUCGCAAAGUCGUCCAGCCGGCGCGAGAAUCGAAUAUAAACAAUUUGAUUUAAACGACAAAUAAACGUGCACAACCGUCCAGUCGGCGAAUACGACUCUCGGUCGGCGGGAGACUCUCAAGUAUCGAUACUUCUGAAGAGCCCAGAGAGAAUCUUCGCGGCAUCCUCCGCUUCGACGGUCAACCAAGACGAGAGAAAGAGAAAGAGAGAAGAUGACGGUACUGGCUAAUCGAGCGUUGAACGGAGCAGUACUUCUGGUCGCAUUGGUUUUCUUCAACGUCCUGUACGCCAUUGACGCUCAGGUCAUCUACAAGAAAUCGCACGUCCGGAUGCAGAAGUUGUGCUCCAGAAAGCUGAGCGAUGCUUUGUAUACCGUGUGCCGGGAACGCGGCUACAACGAGCCGUACAACGACGAGGACGAGUUGGAGACCGAUCCUGGCCCGGGGCUCGUCGAGGAGUGCUGUUAUCAUUAUUGCACCAUCGAACAGCUCGAGCAAUACUGCAAGCCCCUUCCCGAUGGCAAGCAAGACUCGAACUACGAAAUAGUUGCAUCUUAUGUGGCGAAUCUACCUCAUUCCACGAUUAAAGAUGUCAUGGUCCAGACGGAGAGGGGCAACACCGGCGAUGCGAUAAAACGUUACACAGAAUACUCGCAGCAACAUUAAGCCUCUAGACAACAAAUUCGUAACAUCAGCAACGACCGACGAGCCUACGACGUUUCCCUCCGUUUCGUAAUAGCGAAGCUGCGGUGCUACGAACAAUGCAACCGAUUGUCGAUCGUCCACGAGAAAUUAGAAGAACUUUCCGAAAAGAGCGACCUACUCCCCGAAGCGAAAGUUAUUCGCUUCUCCAAUGAUGAUCUUCAAUGCGUCUCUUUAUCGAGCACAUGAUUGAAAUAACUUAUGGAAUUUGCACGCGGAUGAUCGCUCGUGGAGGGGAAAACCAGAGAAUUCGGGGCGGAUAUAUCGGGGCAGCUAAAUCGAUCCGGAAUGAUUCGCGUGGAAGAGAUAUUAUUUAUAGCAAGUUCAGCCUCAUCGCGCAUUAGUGUUAACAGAUCGUACGGAAGCUGCGAUGACGUGGCGAACAGUGUCAUCCAUCAAUCUUGGACCAACUCACGAUCGAGGGAGCACGGAGGAUCGAUUGCUCGGCGGCGAUAUUGACGGAAACGGCGUGCAUCUAUAACAACGCUUUCCUUUGAUAUACCAAGAAGUUUAAAAAAAUAAGUGAAUUUCGAUGAUGACUCAUAGAGGAACUAUCUCGAAUAUUGACUGCAAUUGUGAUGAACUUGAAUGCAAUCCGGGUCGCGCGAUCUCGCAAAAAAGAAAGAAAGAAAAACUCGAGCGAUUCGAUGCGUUUUCAGGUGCGAGGAGUAGCUCAAUUCGGAUAUUUGUCGGUGAUCUUAGUUUUAUUAACAAUGAUCUCACUAGAAUAAAAAAUUCUGUUGUAAGUUUAAGAUUUAACUUAGAGUUUAUCAUUGUGACCCAUCAACGAACGCGUACUCUACUAGUCCGCUGAAGAACGAACGAGAUUUAAGUGCGGAAUUGUAGUUUUUAAUAUAAGAAAAAAGACAUAGAUUCUCGGAGAGAACGUAGUUGUAGACGGAAGUUUUAUCACGCCAUGCAUAUUGAAUAGCGCACGUUCUUUCUAUCGCCAUUUGAAAUUUUUAAUUGACGUCUGCGUUAAUAAUAGCGACCAAUAAAUACAUUUAUACGUA